AUGAACUUUUCACUCCGGCCACUAGAAUUCUCCACGAGCACCAUCGCCGUGAACCACCGCAAACCGGCCACUUUUCUUCCCAGAAAACCACCCAUAUCCAUCUCAUUUGCCACCACUUCGCCGGAAACCACCGCCACAUCACCCGUGGAAAAACCUGAGAUCGAGUUAGAAUUUAUAGGGCCUAAACCAGGUGCAGAUGGGAAACCCCCUGUUGAUAGAACUAAAGCCAUAAGUGGAGAGAAGCUGCUUAGGAACAUCAUGUUGGAUAACAAGAUUGAGCUCUAUGCAGCAUAUGGGAAGGUAAUGAAUUGUGGAGGCGGUGGAAGCUGCGGCACGUGUAUUGUAGAGAUCAUCGAUGGAAAGGAUCUCCUAAAUGAGAGAACAAACACAGAACUCAGAUAUUUAAAAAAGAAACCAGAGUCUUGGAGGUUAGCUUGCCAAACUAUAGUUGGAAAUAAAGAAAAUUCCGGAAAGGUAGUGGUCCAAAGGUUGCCUCAACGGAAAAAAUGA